AUGACUUCCAAAGAAGAACCCAAGCCCUCCUCGGGGGAAGAACGGCGGCGGAGCCCCUUGGAUCACCUCCCACCGCCGGCCAACUCCAACAAGCCCCUCACCCCCUUCAGCAUCGAGGACAUCCUCAACAAGCCCUCGGUGCGGAGGAGUUACACCCUCUGCGGAACGGCCCACCUCCUCUCCGCCGCCGAGAAGCACCCCCCGGCCGGGCUGCCCCUCUCCGGCCGGGCGCUGCUCUCCCAGACCUCGCCCCUCUGCGCCCUGGAAGAGCUGGCCAGCAAGACCUUCAAGGGGCUGGAAGUCAGCGUGCUGCAGGCGGCCGAAGGCAGGGACGGGAUGACGAUCUUCGGGCAGAGGCAAACGCCGAAGAAGCGUCGAAAGUCGCGGACGGCCUUCACCAACCACCAGAUCUACGAGCUGGAGAAGCGGUUCCUCUACCAAAAAUACCUGUCGCCGGCGGACCGGGACCAGAUCGCCCAGCAGCUGGGGCUCACCAACGCCCAGGUCAUCACCUGGUUCCAGAACCGCCGCGCCAAGCUCAAGCGAGACCUGGAGGAGAUGAAGGCCGACGUGGAAUCGGCCAAAAAGCUGGGCCCCAACCCCGCCGUGGACAUCGUGGCCUUGGCCGAGCUGGAGCCCAGCGCCGAGGGAAGGGGCAAGGCGCGGUCCGCUUCCCCGCCGCCGCCCCCCUCCGCCGCCCGGGAGCCCGGCGCCCCGCCGCCGCCCCGCCCCGCCUCGCCCCCCACGGAGCGGCCCCGCAGCCGCCGGGACAGCGAGGAGGAGGAGGAGGAGGAGGAGGAGGACGUGGAGAUCGACGUGGAUGACUGA